GGUAAUGACGUCUGGGGAUAUGAGCGGGGAGUGGAGGCUGCCUCAUAGGCCCCACCUGCCAUCUUGCCUUCGUUGCAGGAACCCUCUGGAAAGAAGGGCCGGGUGUGCGGGCUCCCUGCCCGAGGGGAGGCCAGAAUGAUGUCUUGUCUCACGUGCCAGGCUGUCCCUGAGGGGUCCCUGGAUCCCUUCCCCGGUCCUCCCUCUGCCUCCCAUGCCCGUCUCUGUGUCCCUUAGACGAUCUUGUGGAGAAGAUGCCGUGCUCAGGGAACUCCUCCCGCGUCUGUGAGUGCCGCACUGGCACGUUCUGUGCCACAUCAGCCACCAACUCCUGUGCCCGCUGCAUCCCCCACACCGUCUGCCCGAAAGGGAUGAUUGUCAAGGUCCAGGGCACAGCACAGAUGGAUACUGUGUGUGAGCGGCCUUCCCCGGUGACCAGCCCUGACCUCGGCACGGGCCCAGAAGACUGCCAGGCGCCCACCAGCGACACCAGCGCCCAGGCCGGGCCCCUGGUGACCUCCUCAGUGAGCUCCGGUGCCGGGACCACGCUCCUUGGAGGGGGCACUGCCAUCACCCCCGAAGAUGAUUCCAAAAUGACGGGGGCCCCCGGCUCUCCCUCCUCUGUGAGGAAGCCCAGUCCAGAUCCAGGUAAUUUCUCGAGAAGCUUUGGGUUGUUUCCCAGGGCAACGGCGUCUCACUGGCAGGCGACCUGUGUGUGGCCUUCCCCUGGGCAGGUGGGUCUCUCCUGGUCCAGGGAGAAGAGGGUCUCUAGGUCCCUUGGGGCUGCAGGCUUCGAGGGCCAGAGGGGAUAAAGGAAGAAGUCAUUCAUUUGACAGCUUAGUGCCUGCUGUGUGCCAGACACCGAGGCCCUGGCAAAGGAGCAGGUGUGGAUAUGACGCCCUCCUGGUUCCUGUGGUGACGGAUUGGGGUCCUCAGUUCCCUCCUGUUUAUCGCUGACCAGCCUUCUGUUGUAUGGGUGUAUACACCGUGUAUAUCCAGUAGUGUUUGGGUUUGGGUUGUUUCCGCUUUUGGCUACAGUUAACAGUGAUAAACAAGUCUUUGUUUUCAUAUCUCUAGGGUUUGUUCAGUUUUAAUUGAAAAAAUUUUUUAAGUGCAUUAAUUUAUUUUGAGAGAGAGCACGGGGGAGGGGCACAG